GAAUCAAAACGAUUUAAUUUAUUAAAAAGAAGAAAUUUUGAAUUUCAUUAUGAUUUUAUUAAAUCGACUGCUGCAAAUAUUGACGAAAUUCGAAAAGAUGAGUUCAAAAAUUUAAAUAAUUCAUCAUCAGUUGUGGAAUUAAACGAAAAUAUGUCUUACCCUAGAAGAAAACAAGAUGAAACUUUAUUUUUUGUUACAAAACAAACAACUGCAUCAAAUACAAAGGAAUGGCUUUUACCAAAAGAUGUUAUCUACAAAGGUGAAACAAUAAAACAGGGUUUAAAAAGAAUUUUGAGCUGUAACUGUGGUGACAAUUUUAUUGCCUUUAUAUAUGGAAAUUCACCUGUUGGAUUUAGUACACAUUAUAGUGAUCGUUAUGAAGAACAGAAAAAUAUAUGUGAUCAUAAUAUAUUUUAUUUUUUAGCAAGAUACAUAAGUGGUCAUGUUCGAGACAAUACUGAAUAUCAAUGGUUAAAUAUACAAGAACUUGAACAAAUUUUACCAAAAUCAACUUAUACACAGUUAUCUUAUGUCUUUCAAAUAUCUCAAUAAAAUUAUAUCUGAAAUGUAUCAUUUUUAUACUUAAAAAU